GGUAGCCGCUCCCCCUCGGCCACGGUCCCGGGCCGGCCGGCUCGGCGUGGAGGAGCCUCUACUGCCUCGGCCGGAGCCUGGACCCCGACCCACCAGCUGUGGCUGAUGCAGAUGCCGAUGCCACUACCCACAGCAUUUCCCCACUAACCCACUAACUUUUCCUAAAACCGGACUUUUUGCGAAAGAACGAAUUUCAUCUCGAUCGGAUAAUUUUUCCCCCCAAUGAGACACUCCCCUCUGGACUGAAUGACUUUUUCUGAAGCGGAUAUUUCCUUUAAAUCGGGUGGGAGCACAGGGCAGAUGAUGCUGGACGCAAUGGAGGCGCCAGGACACUCCAGACAGCUGCUGCUGCAGCUCAACAGCCAACGCACCAAAGGGUUCCUUUGCGACGUGAUCAUCGUGGUGCAGAACGCACUCUUCCGGGCUCACAAGAACGUGCUGGCGGCCAGCAGCGCCUACCUCAAGUCCCUGGUGGUCCACGACAACCUGCUCAACCUGGACCAUGACAUGGUCAGCCCCGCGGUCUUUCGCUUAGUCCUGGACUUCAUCUAUACCGGCCGCCUGGCCGACGGCGCGGAUGGAGCUGCGGCGGCUGCGCCCGGGGCCGAGCCCAGUCUGGGCGCAGUUCUGGCCGCCGCUAGCUACCUGCAGAUCCCGGACCUCGUGUCCCUAUGCAAAAAGCGGCUCAAGCGACACGGCAAGUACUGUCACCUGCGCGGGGGCGGGGGCAGCGGCGGCUACGCGCCAUACGUGAGGCCUGGCCGAGGCCUGCGUGCCACUACGCCAGUCAUCCAGGCCUGCUACCCGGGUGGCGCGCCCUCCGGGCCUCCGCCGCCACAGGCCUCGGCCGCAGAGCUGCCCCCAGGAGCCGAGGCGCCGGUCAACACCCACUGUGCUGAGCUGUACGCCUCGGGUCCCGCGCCCCCUCAGCCACCGCCGCCGCCGCCGCCGCCGUCGUUGUGCGCCCCGGAGCGCCGCUGCUCCCCGCUCUGCGGCCUGGACCUGUCCAAGAAGAGCCCCCCGGGCCCAGCGGCUGCCCCCGAGAGGCCGCACCCCGGGGAACGCGAGCGCGAAGCACCUUCGCGCCACGACAGCAGCCCACCUGGGGCCGCCUACAAGGAGCCGCCGCUCUCGUUGCCCCUGCCUUUGCCCCUGCCGCUGCCCCUGCCCUUCCAGAAAAUGGAGGAGGCCGGGCCGCCUCUCGACCCGUUUCGGCCGGGAGGCAGCCCCGGGUCUGAGCCCCCGGGACGACCGGAUGGGCCUGCGCUGAUCUACCGCUGGAUGAAGGCCGAGCCGGGCCUGGGAAGCUACGGGGACGAGCUCGGACGGGAUCGUGGCUCCCCCGGGGAGCGCGGCGGGGCUGAAGAGCCUGCAGACGAGGGGGACUCGCCUGGGGGCCCUCCGCUGCCCCUGCCGCCGCCCCGUUAUCCGGGGGUGGGCCUGGACGGACCCGGGCCCGACGCAGACGACUACAAGAGCAGCAGCGAGGAGACCGGCAGCAGCGAGGAGCCGAGCCCGGGCGGGGGCCACCUGGCCAGCUACCACUGCCCUCAUCUGACCUACAGAGAGCCUGAGAGCUUCGGCGACAACCGCUACGUGUGCAUCCCGUGCGACAAGGGCUUCCCCAGCUCGGAGCAGCUCAACGCGCACGUCGAGGCGCACGUGGAGGAGGAGGAGGCGCUCUACGGGAGGGUGGAGGCGGCCGAAGCGGCGGCCGUGGGCGCAGCAGGCCUGGGACCCCCCUUCGGUGGAGGCGGCGGCGGGGACAAGGGGGCCGGGGGACCUGGGGGCCUGGGCGAGCUGCUGAGGCCCUACCGCUGCGCCUCGUGUGACAAGAGCUACAAGGACCCGGCCACUCUUCGGCAGCACGAGAAGACGCACUGGCUGACGCGGCCUUACCCUUGCACCAUCUGUGGCAAGAAGUUCACGCAGCGCGGGACCAUGACCCGCCACAUGCGCAGCCACCUGGGUCUCAAGCCCUUCGCCUGCGACGCGUGCGGCAUGCGCUUCACUCGCCAGUACCGGCUCACGGAGCACAUGCGCAUACACUCGGGGGAGAAGCCCUACGAGUGCCAGGUCUGUGGGGGCAAGUUCGCGCAGCAGCGCAACCUCAUCAGCCAUAUGAAGAUGCACGCCGUGGGCGCGGGCGGCGGCGCGGCCGGGGCGCUGGCGGGCCUGGGCGGCCUGCCCGGCGCGCCGGGCCCCGACGGUAAAGCUAAGCUCGACUUCCCCGAGGGAGUCUUCGCGGUGGCACGGCUCACGGCCGAGCAGCUGGGCCUCAAACAGCAAGACAAGGCGGCGGCGGCGGCCGAGCUGCUGGCCCAGACCACGCACUUCCUGCACGACCCCAAAGCGGCGCUCGAGAGCCUCUACCCGCUGGCCAAGUUCACGGCCGAGCAGCUGGGGCUGAGCCCGGACAAGGCGGCCGAGGUGCUGAGCCAGAGCGCGCACCUAGCGGGGGGACCCGACGGCCGGACCAUUGACCGCUUCUCCCCUACUUAGAAAUCCCUUCUCCCCAGCCCGGAGCGGGGACUGCACUGCAUCACCCUCGCCGGGUGGGGUGGGAAAUGGGGGCGGAGAGAAGUUCCCGCCCCGGGAGGGACAGCAGCAACGGCA